UACGUUGAUUGAUCUCUGUUUACAAUGAUUAAAGCCGAUUUUUGAAAUCUGCACUCUGAAGUCAGGUUUAAAACAUGAUAAAACAUUUCUGAGGUUUGAGUCUUACGAAAUGGGUAUAACUGACGAUUCUCCAGAGAAACAUGAUAAGUUAAAGCGAUAGUAUCUGGCGCGGUUUUUGAUUGUAUGGAAUUCUGCAAUUUCUGGCCCAUAGAAUCGGUGACAGAUUGUCCGUGCAAUGUCUCGCCUAGCAAGACUGUUUCCUCGGUUAUUCAGAAGCAACAAGGACAAAACAGGAUCAAAAGAUACAAGCAGCGACUCGAAGAACCCACAGUGUCUGGUUUUGUUCCUCGAUGAGACGAAUAUUAACAUCCCUUUCAAGGGAGGAUGCAAGGGACAGUUUAUCUUGGACCGAGUGAUGGAUCAUCUCAAUCUCGUGGAGAGAGAGUAUUUUGGAUUACGAUACGUCGAUUGUUCAAGUCAAACACAUUGGUUGGAUUGUAACAAGUCUCUCGCAUCCCAGCUGAAAGGUUGUAGUUUUCCCUACACCUUGUACUUUGGUGUGAAGUUCUACGCAGCUGAUCCAUGCAAACUGAAAGAAGAAAUAACCAGAUAUCUGUUCUUCCUUCAAGUAAAGCAGGACAUUCUACAAGGCCGACUACCGGUGUCGUUUGAGGAAGUCGUCGAACUGAGUGCAUAUGCUGUGCAGUCUGAACUCGGAGAUUUCGACCCAAAGCGUCACACAGCAGGGUAUGUGUCGGAGUUCCGGUUCGUGCAAAACCAGACGCAAGAACUAGAGGACCGAAUCUGUGCAAUUCAUCGGAGGCUUGCUGGUCAAACCCCCGUUCAUGUGGAAUACCGCUUCUUAGAGAAGGUCAAGUGGUUAGAAAUGUUUGGAGUUGACCUCCAUCCGGUUGUGGGAGAGGGCAAUGUGGAAUACUUCCUUGGUCUGACACCUACAGGAAUAGUUGUGUACAAAAAUAAAACAAAGAUUGGAAACUAUUUCUGGCCAAGAAUAACCAAGUGUGAUUUUAAAAGAAAAAUAUUUAUCAUUAAAGUUCGUGAUAAAAAUAAUGACGAACAUACUUACGCGUUUGAGCUUCACACCAAAGAUGCAUGUAAACAUCUGUGGAAGUGCUGCAUAGAACACCAUGCUUUCUUUAGACUAAACCAGGUGAAUGAUGCUCACAAUACGGCUGGGAAAAUGUUCAGACUUGGCUCUAAGCACCGAUACAGUGGGAGGAGCGACAGACAGAGUCGGCGAGAUGACCGAGUUAGAGCGUCGUCAGCGAGUGUUCUGCGAGUACCAAGUCGGCGACAACAGCGACGCAUCCACUCAGACAGUCGGUUAAACUCUAUGUAUACAGAAGGCCUGUAUAUCACUGAAGGUGGACCGGUCACCAUGGUAGUUGCCCCUGAACCUGUUAGACCUCCUCGUCACAGAAGUCUUCCUGAGCUCCAGGGUCGAGAAUCUCCACGCAGUGUGCAGUCGGCUCCCUGGGAACACAACUACGACGGUGGACUUUAUACUUGUGGCAAGGAGUCUCCAACGUCACAACGAAGUGACAGGAUGUAUUCGCGACAUCCGAGUGACAGUGAAAGCGGCAUCAGUCACAGACGCAAAUAUUUCCCCAGUAGAAAAGGUUCUGACAACGAAAGCGAUGUGUCGGCCCCAAGGAGACGAAGACGUGAUGACAGUGGGAGUGAAUCAGACGUGUCAUACAGAAACGUUCUUCAGAGUCGGCGCAAUCGAACAUCCAACGAAAACAACAUGCAGGACAACAAACGGGUUCCUCUGUUGUAUCCAUUUGCUGACAAGGAGAAUCAACCUAAUGGAUCAAUUCCGUCUUUACAUUCAGCACCAGCAGGCGAGUUAAGACAGCGCAGGAGACGAAGAAGAAGCAAGUCUCCUGGCGUGGGUAAACAUUUCCCGAACGAGCUGAAGGAACGCAUAGAAUACGACCUGGUUGAUACGGCCGGUAUGUCGGAAGAACAGCUCCGAGACAUCGCUUACGUGACUGUGGAAACAAAGGGUGAGCCAUUCAAGAUUCGAUAUUCACCAAAAACACGCCACAAAAUCAAGAUGGUUAGAAGGAAGAGUUUGGGGGAGACUGACAGAAAUAAGAAACCAGACAUUGAUCAGUAUGAAACACGGUCAACAGGUGGAUACCAGCCAUCCAACCAAAACAACCAGACAAACAGAACCAGUUACUAUGAAAAUAGUAUGAAUGCACAAAACACAGAAAAUAACAAGCGCAACUAUGAGAAAAUCUCAUCAUCACCAGUCGUUCAGGCUCCACCGCAGUCUGCUCAACAGACGCGGACAUCAAGUUCGUCAGUUCGGCAAUCUAACUACAGUCACAUACAGUACAGCAGAGAGGAAAGACGGGUGCCAGAUUACGAGGUUAUACAUGAUAGUCCGAGAUCACAAACUUAUCACUCGGAUGCUCAUGAUAGCCCCAAAUCACAGAACUAUGGUCCCAGGUCCCAUCAAAGUCCCCAAAUUCCGGCGUCCCAUCGACGAACAGAAUCCGGAAUCGGUGUCUAUAACCAGGACAACUAUGUUGCUAAUAGAACACAUGGUGUUAAUGAUAGCUACAUGACAGAAUCUGCCGACAGUGAGAAAUGGAGAACACAACCCCCUCCUUCACCGACACACCAACGCACGUCUCAGUACAACACUCAGAAUUACCAGUCACCAAAUUAUGCACCUUCUAGGCAAACGGUGGAGGUUCAGCAAUAUUCCUCAUCGCAUGUGUCCAAUUAUAGUUACCAACAUGUGCCCGAGGGUCCGAAACACACGCCCCCACAGAUAUCUCAGCAUUCCUCUUCUCGGUAUGUGCCAGAGGGGCCGCAGUACACAGCACCGCACACAGCACCACACACAGCACCGCACACAAGAAACUACAGCUCAGUGCAGCAGCAGUCAUACAGGCAACAGUCAUCUGCUAGUAUUGGAAACACGAGUCACAACAGCAGCACGGUAACCAGCCAGUACAGGUCACAGAAUCAGUCGGGCAUGACCACCAAUCGCUACUCCUCGCCAAACAUGUCAUCCAUGUCCCGCUACUCCGGACCGAACCGUCCGUCCCCGGCGACCAGCGACAAGUCGGGACAGAGGAGUCUGGGUGGUGGCACGAACUCUGAAACGAUUAGUCAGCUCCUGCGGUCAUCGGGGUACAACCCAGACCUGUGCACAGAGUUGUGAUGUCUGCUAGUGGUUUACAUAUGUGUGUGUGUGUGAGGGGUGUGUGUGUGUGUGUUACAGUCGCAGGCCCACGGAACCAGGGGAAGGGGUGAUGCUGGUGGUUCUCAUUGUGUGUGUGUUGUUACAGUUGCAGGCCCAUUGGAACUGAGGGGAACUGUGUGCCUCUCCCCAUUUCACCAGGCUACAGUCCAGAUCUAUAUACAGAGUUGUGAUGUCUGCUAGUGGUUCACAACGUGUGUGGGAUGUG